CUUGCAUUUCGAGCGCGCAGGCGACUGGUUGGAGCUACCCGUCCGAAGACCCCAAGUGGAAGUUGCGAUAGCGAGUGCCCCAUAGUAUUGGAGAUUUUUUGGAGUGACGCCUCUCGUGCGGUUUUGUUUUGCUUCGGACUUUCUGGCGAAGCGGAAACGAUUUCGGUGUGAAAAUUUGCAUAAAAUUGCGCCCGCGAAACCGACAAAGAAACCAAAAAAAGCGUUGAGUAAACCAAUUUAAAGCCUUUGGGCCGUUUUUCAAGCUCGAAAAGUGCGUGUGCAACCGGAAUUUGCGUGUCCUGUGGAAUUUAUAUAACACCCGAAAAAGGACUUCUUUCCGACUUCCUUAAGUCCUGGUCUCGACUCAAAACUCGAUUAGUUACCGAUUCGAAAAUGCAGCCCCUGAAGCGCUUCACACAAUGCGGCAGUCUGACCAUGCUCUUCGGCAUCUUCAUCAUCCUCUUCGGGGUCAGCUCCACGGCUCUGACCACUUUUGGCAAGACCAACAAUCAGCCGCCGCCCACGCACGUCCCAAUUGUUAAAGGACGAGAGUGCAGUGCCCACGACGAUUGCACGGCGAUAGAUCGCACCAGCUGCGUCAAGGAUCCCAAUGACUACAAGCUGCGUUGCCUCUGCGGCGACGACUCGCCUCCUUCGGCCGGCAGCUGUCCAGAUGUCCUGAAAGGCCUGCGUCACAAGUGCAACAGCAACAACGACUGCGAGGAUGGAAUGGUGUGCCAGUACGAGAACAGCAACCGCACCAUCGGAGUGGCCAAGUUCAUGUCCAGCAAGACCAAGCUGUGUCUCUGCGACAACGACAACGGAUAUGUGGAGGACAUCCUGCACGACAUCUGCAGUGGAGCCAAUCUUCAGGGCCUGGUCAGCUUCUUGGUCUCGAUCUGCUCACUCCUGGCGCCCUUUUUGGUAUCCGCACACAUGCGAAAGCAUUUCUAGAAGGCGAUCGGCGAAAGCGGAACCGGAACCGGAAGUCGUAGUUUGGCGUUUAUCUACCCCAGUGAUCCAUCAAAUGUGCCUCAGUGA